UGCUUUCAUCUUCAAACUCCUAAGACUGUCUUUAACCUCCGUACGCUCCUCCCUCUUCCUCUAAACCCGUUCACAUUGUAGCGGCAGAGCUUCGUUCGUUGGGUCUCCAUUGCUCCUCCUAUAUUUGUGUAUACCCGCAAAGCCAUUUUCUCCUUCAUCCUCCCUACGAAUUUCUCUCUGAAUUCUCAAUCUGGGUUCUCCAUAAUUUUUUUGUGGCGAGAGGCAACGGUCAGUCUCAUAGAUUCUGUGAACUUUGAAAUGAAGUGAUUCAUGGCUAACCCAUCUGCGAACCAUCAAGAUUCAUCUGCUCAAGCCCCGUCUUUCUACGGUGUAACAAACUACGGUGACAAUAAUGGCCUCUUGAGGCACAAUCCGGGCAUCUCUUUAGAUUGGAGGCCAGAGGAGCAGUCCAUUCUUGAACAAGGACUCAUCAAAUAUGCUGGUCAUCCUCUUUUAAUUUGUUAUGCUAAGAUAUCUAUGGAGCUGCAGGAUAAGACGAUACGAGAUAUUGCAUUUCGCUGCAAUUGGAUGAAGAAAAAGGAAAUUAGUAACGGAAGCAAGGGAGAAAAUUGUUUAAAAAGAAAAAGUGAAGAUGACAAGCUCUCAACCUGGCAAAAUGUUCCACCAUAUGCACCUUCAGUUUCACUGGUGGACUAUGACGAUGAUGGUGACAGAGUCAUCGGUGGUGUUACAGGGGUACUUUUUGAGCGAAACGAGCAGGCCUUCAAUAGAAUAGCUGCUAAUUUCUCAACUUUGCAGAUUAUCGAUAAUCUCAACCUCUUAUGCCAAGCGCGUGACAACCUCUUGAAGAUUACUUAUGAUUUAAAUGGUCUUUUGCUUUCUUUGCUCAAGAAUCAUGCCAGGAGGAAUGGAUCAGUUCCCGCCACUUCCAGUGAAGGUAAACGAGCGGAUAUCUAACGCCAUCCUUCCUCGUCCAAACGAAGGCAUGUUACCGUGAUCCUUUCUCUAUGGUCGUACCCUCAGCCUCCGAGUCUUUAGUGGGGAAGGAAAUUCUUGUCCAACCGCCGUUAACAAAUGAUGUAUAGUAGUCAAGUAGUCUAGGAAUAAAUAUUUUUUUCGUUACCGACACAGGUUAGUUUUACAAAAUGAUAUGGAACAGAAACAAGGGAAUAAAUUGUAGCAAGUUUUCAACA